AUGCCUGUUCGUCCAGCAAGGUGGAGGGACCUCAAGCCAGCAGCUCGCAUUGCUUCCUUGGCCUUCUGGGAAGAUGAAUUCAUUGGCGGCUGCUUGCAUCCUCAUCGAGCCAAACAUCCAGAAAGCUUCGAACGUCACUUUCUACAUGAUUUCUACAGAAGUUCCUUCGAUGCUCAUACCCAGAUCAUGGUUUCUUACCCCAGCGAUAAUCCUGAGAGAAUCACUGGAAUGGCAAUCUGGUCGCGUGUGGGUGACGGAGGCAAACACAUGGAAGCUUCACAAUCCUGGCUAUACUGGGUCAUGAGUCGAUGUAUCGUCCCCAUAUACAUCGGCGUUGAUUCGUUCAUCCGCCGGAAUCGCGCUGCCGACUUUGCAGCCUGGAACGACAUGAAAGACUCAGACCUUCCAAUGGAUGAACGGUUCGAAAACUCAGAGUACAACGAGACCUGGGACCUUGAACUGCUGUUCCAAGCACCACAAUAUCAAGGUCGUGGCUUUGGCAAAGAGUUGGUAUCGUGGGGCAUCGCAAGGGCCAGGGAAGAAGGAAUUCGAGUCAGUGUAGGGAGCGCACCGGGCAAAGAAGGCUUCUACAAGAGUUUGGGUAUCGAUGAAGUUGUCGAACAGACUUCUCACGAUGGGAAGAAAGAUCCGUUCCCUGGCACGCUUCUGUAUUCGAGAAGGUUCGACGAAGAAGUCUAG